UCAGGUAAUACCACAACUAUCCUGCCUGCUGCUUGCUGCACCAUGAAGUCUGCCAAGCUGGGAUUUCUUCUAAGGUUCUUCAUCUUCUGCUCAUUGAAUACCCUAUUAUUGGGUGGUGUUAAUAAAAUUGCUGAGAAGAUAUGUGGAGACCUCAAAGAUCCCUGCAAAUUGGACAUGAAUGUUGGAAGCUGCUAUGAAGUUCACUUUAGAUAUUUCUACAACAGAACCUCCAAAAGAUGUGAAUCUUUUGUCUUCUCUGGCUGUGAUGGCAACCUUAACAACUUCAAGCUUAAAUUAGAAUGUGAUGUAACCUGUGUUACAAAAUACAAACCACCGGAAGGAACCUAAUCCUGUCCUUGGUCCUUGGGGAGAUGAGAGGACAUGAACUCAGGAAGUUGUCUGCUGCACCAUCCGAAAUACAGACACAAGAAAAUUCAGACCAAUUUUGAAAUCUUUGUAAUAUUUCCAUAAUACUUUAAGCUUCCACCUGUUUGCUAUUUUCCUGACCCUAGUUUUGUCUUUCCUGGAAAUUAACUGUAUGACCAUUAGAAUGAAAGAGUCUUUGUGUCAGCCCUGGCUCUCUUAAUUUCUCUCCACUUGUCUUAUCUAGAUUUGCAGAGCUGAAAUGUCAACUGGUCCCAUCCAUUGAUUUCCCCCUCACUCCUGAGCCAUCCCUCACAUAUGCACACUUAGCUUACUUUAUCCUAAACUGUUUCAGGUUUGACAAGCCCAAUCUGUACAGGUUUGCAUGACCUCCCCUGUCAAAUUGAACUGGUUAGUGGGACCAAAGUACCAAACCUAUACUCCCUUUUGAUCUUGAAAUCAAACCUAGCAGUGAACUGCACACUUAUGUGAAAUGUCCCUGUACUCAUAACAAAUUUUUCUUUGUCAUGUUUCCUGAUUCAAGUCCCUCAAUUAGUUUAAUUACCUCCC